AUGUCCGGACACGUCAUCGCGGCGGCCGAGGCCGCGGCGCGCCUCAAGCUCGAGACGUACGAGUCCACGUUCGAGGUCGAGGCGCCGGGCACGGGCCGGCUGGGCGUGGCGUUCCGCGACUCGAGCGAGCUCUGGACGGUGACGCCGGGCGGCGCGCUGCACCGGCUCGGCGUCUAUCCGGGCUGCUUGCUGCUGCGGGCGAACGGCCGGCCCUGCGGCGCGACGGACGAGUCAGCAUUACAGGCGCUCGAGGCCGCGGCGGCGGACGGCGACGAGGUCCGCGUCCUACUCUUCGCGCGGCCGCCGCCGCCGCAGGUCCCCGGCGAGUGCCGCGCGCCGCGGCGGUCGCCGCCGGCCGAGCUGCUACGCGGCGACGACGGCCGCGGGCGGCGCGCGCGGACGUCGCGGGACUCCCUCGACGGGGAAGAUUGUUUCAUCAAGACCCUGCGGGACCACGCCACGGCCCUCGAGGCGCGCGAUCUGCUCCGCGAAGCUGCGGUUUUGGCGCGCCUCGCGCCGCACCCGCACGUCGCCCGCCUUGUGGCCUGGUCCGCGCCGGACUCGGUGCCGUGGGCGGCCCUUGCGCGCGUCCCCGGCCAGGACCUGGAAAGUUACCUGAAGGAGGAGUCGUUCGUCGAGCGCGUGGGCGCGGCGCCGCGCUGGACGCUGGAAACGGCGCUCGAGGUGGCGCGCCACGUGGCUUCCGCGCUGGCGCACUGCCAUUCGUCGGCGGCCCUCGGCGGCCCUCCAUUGCUGCACCGCGACGUCAAGCCGGCGAACGUCGUCCUCGAGGCGCUGCCCGCGAUCCCGCUGCCGUCCACAAAACACCGGUCGCGCUUCUCCUUCGGCGACGCGCCGCCGCUGCGAUUCCGGGCGACACUCGUGGACUUUGGCUUGUGCGCGGUGCUCGACGACCGCCGCGCGCUCACGGCGCACACGGGCUCGCCUCGUUACAUGGCGCCCGAGAACGCGCUCUCCUCCUCAUACAGUACGCCGUCGGACGUCUACUCCGCGGCGCUCGUCGCCUGGGCCGCGUGUUCACGAAGACAGCCGUUCCGCGACCUCAGCACCAAGGAGCACGCGGAAAAGGUCAUCGGCGGGCGCCUGCGCCCGCCGCCCCUCGCGGACGCGCCGCCCGAGCUCGACGACCUGCUUUCCCGCGCGUGGGCGCCCGACCCUUCGUCGCGGCCCGACGCCGCGGACUUCUCCGACGGCCUCGCCGAGGCGCUCGUCGCGGUGCGCUUCGGCGAAUAG